CUGAUGUCGUACGGCUGUGGAAGUAGCUACAUACGAGUGCUACAGUGCUAGCACCUUACCAUGUCAUCGAAAGACUCCGAAGAGGGACGACGCGUACGUAGGCCCCGAAGAUUACUUUCUACCGACUCAACCAAAACAUCGUCCUCUCGUCAGUCUUCGUCUGAUGUCUCUCUCUCUGAUGAUGAUACUCGAAAGCAUAAUGCCCGGGGGCACUCCAAGUUCUCUCCACUAUCUCAGUUGGAUGAAGUACCGCAGGAGGAGCUUGAAGGGUGGAUGAGGCAGGGUAUCGUUGACUCCCCUCUCAAUUCCCCAGAGAAUCCAUUUGAUGUGCCGUUGCCUCGCUCUGAAAGUCCCAAACCAGCAAAGCCCAAACUUGAAAUUCGAACGGGUCCAUCACUACUGGCAAAAGCAUCCUCUGCCUCUGAUAAUGGCCCUCUUCCAUCUCCAGGAGCAGCUCGGUGGGACCACAUACGUCAGCACGUUUUGCCAUCAUCUGCAGUCUUCUCCGGUGCUUCGAGAGCUCCAUCCACGCAUGUGACGUCUUCCUCGACCUCCUCCACACAGAAUACUUCACGUGCGCCUACCCCCAAAGCAUCCCGAUUUGUUCAGAGAUUAGGAUUCAAGCAGGCGGCUGAACAUGCUCGAGAAGUUGUCGUGGAUGAAAAUCGCAAAUUUUCCUACGAGCUGCAGAAGGUGUGCUGGUUGGCUAGGCAUGAUGAGCCGUCCUCCGCAGUGAAAAUCGAGCAACAUGGAACGCCUUACCUCCCCUUCAUGUCUAGUACCUCACUCAAUAUGCACGCACCUUCCAUUUCUAUGAGCCAGUCUAACAAGAGGCAUGACAUGCGUCGCCAGUCCAUGCAGUCUUUAUCCUCCUCCCCUCAGACUACGUCAUCCCUGAAGCAGCUUUAUCACGUACUAUUGCUUCACUCAACGCCUUCGCCGGACGGUAGGGAGCCGGCGCCACAACUUCCGCUUCAGAAAUUCGUCCUAUCAACGCUCCUAAUCCCCUUUCUCACGCUUGAGAAAGAUAAUCGUCUUGAUGAGGAACGGUGGUUUGCCAUCGAAGCAUUCGAGAUUAUUCGGAAAACUUGGCAUCCUUUGGACGAGAUUGAAGGUAUCGAAAGAAGCAUGUGGUGUAUCAAGGCGGCCCUUAUCCCCCCUGCUCCCAUUCGCAUGCGACUCGUUACAUCACUGUGGCACCUAACCGUCCCCCCAGAAAGUCUUUCCCCUGCAACCUCACCUACUACGUUACAAGGACUUUGUCAAGGCUUGUUUUCUCUUCUUCCUUGGGUGCAGCUGCAUACGGAAGAAGGUAAGCUUUUAACUCAAAUCAUAUACCAAGUCCGUACUGGGUCGUGCGGUGAAAUCCACAAAGCGUCGAUCGAAAGCGAAUUUAAUGCUUCCCUUGUCAACGGCGACACCGUACAAACUAUUCGCGAUGCGGUCGUCGUUGAAGCUCUCGGAAAGUGCAUGGAAAAUUCAACCGACGCUGACAGACGGUGGCUAUUGGUGAACUUCUUAGAGGAACACUGGCCGAUACCGCCCCAAGACUUGGCACUUUCAUCUGUCUUGGACGCCAUACAUUCACGCAAAUUGAACGUGUUUACGCGUGUAUUUUGUUCGCUACUGGAAUCUACAUCCCCAGAGAGCAAUAGACGAGUGAAUGACGCCCACCAUGUUAUCAAGUUCCUACAAACGAGAGCUAUUCCAGAGCUGGAACUUCUUUCAGCCAAGAAUCUCGAGGCAAAGUGCAAUGUUAUAAAAUGUAUUUUGAUUAUGUUAAUGGCAGAAGAUAUGAACGACGUUGUUCGAUGGUGCAUCUCUAUCAUAUGUCGUUGGUAUCGAAAUGCGGGUAGUUGGAAAGAUAACUUCAACCAAGGGUUGAAACAUAUUAUUACAGAAGGGCUAUGGCAGUUCAUCAUCGUCAUUUUGACUUCGUUGGCUGAAGUACUGCCACAAGAUGUUCGGAAACCAGUGAUAGCGUUCAUGCUACCACUAUUAAAUGACCGCUUAGUUGACAAUCCUCCGCCGCAUCCUUGUCUUCCCCUUACCGCCCUGUUCAACACCUUGUCACAGGCCUAUCCUCAGAUCUUCUAUAAACCCCUUUUUCUUUGUGCAGCAUCUGUCAAAGAGAUUGCUGUUGUCAACCAUCUCUGUACGAUCACAAUAAUGUCAAGGUUUCUUCCCGAUUUUUGGGUCCGUGAUGCAGAAAUGAUAUCUGUCGCGGUCAUGAGUGACAUCGGGGGUGGCGGUGAUGCUAAUGGUAAGGGAAAGGCAAAGGAGGGUGCAUGGGGGAAUGCCCGGCUCGGACAGUCUGUAUUGCUGGUUGAGUUGAUAGGAAAAGUACAAGGUAUAAGGCGGGAGAAGGAGAAUACCUCGAUUCCGGAAGCUGCCCUUGUUGAUAUGAUCAAGUUCGCUAUUGAGUUAGAGGCUCGUUUGACUCUUAUGCUCCAGACUAAGGAGCGUACAUUCAUGGUACCGCCGUCCCAGCGAUUGUUGUUUUGCGUUCUAUUCAGAGAAAUCAGACUGUUAACACGUUCCAUGAAAGGAGCUCCUUGGUUGCCCCAGAUCGUCUCAUGGUAUAUCGAUUAUCACAAUGAUCCUGAGCAGGAUGCUUUCAAUGACGAAGUCAACGAUGCAGUCACCAUCAUUCAGUCUCUUUUCGUUAUGGCGCAAGAUGCUCACUCCCAUAAGCGUCGGAGCACUAGGCUCUUAUCCUUUGUGCUUGACCCCGCCAUUCCCAAUGCCAACAAUGGAUCGGAAAUAUUCUCUGUUCUAAGUCAGCGGUCCAAGCUAAUUAAGUCCUUAUCGAAAGGUUAUAUCUCUCGGGCAAUGAAGCUUUUGGUAACCAUGUCUCUCCUGCUGACUCCAGAGAAUAUGCGACGAAUAGGGCCCAUAGUAUGGCAGCACUACUUAGACGAAACUGAAACUUCCGUCCUAGCAUCGGCAUGUUACUUAAUCAUGCAAUGUGCCGAGAAAACCUCUGUCGAUCUUCAAGCCCUGGUAGAGACAGAUUUGGCUAGUGCGGACUAUGGUACGAAGCUCAGAGCUGUCCAACGCGUGAGCACAUUGUCGACAUGGCGCUUCCAGAUAGCAUCACAGCAUGUUGUAUCUGAUCGUCAGCAUCGCCCUUUCAGACUGGCUCGGGGACCGCUUCCUUUCAUUGCAACAGACAUGGGGUCGAGCCAAUAUGUCAGAGAAGACGACAGUCUUGAGACCAAAGAUAACCUUCCGUUGGAGAUGAGGAAGCGUUUGGCCGAGAUAGGAUGGGUAGAAGACGACACUCCCAUCAAUCAGCAGAUCGAGUGGAUUCGUACACCUAUGUCAUUGCUCCCAAUUCAACAACUGGAUCGCCUAGAUUUCUCGAAUGCGGAGAGUUUCCCAUCGUCGCCUAUCGCCAGCCCCAUUUCUUCUCCUCAGCAAGGGUCCCCCACCCUUGGAGACACAUCUGACGAAGUCGCUCUUCUUCGACGCAACUCGAGCUCUGGCGGUCCUAUGUAUGGCGUAAAACGAAGAGCAGUCUUUGUGCCAGCGUUGACCCGUAUCUUUCCACUUCUCGUCUCUAUGGCGUUUGACGAGGACUUCACUAUUGCGUGCAGCACCCGCAGCACUGUACUUGACUUGAUGCGUAACGAUGCUGCAUUGUUGGCGAGGCCGGUUUUGGAUCUCCUUGCGGAAGGUUCAAAGGAUAUAUCAGCCGCGGUUGACUCACUUCGUGCUCUGCUUCAUGUGCGACGAAAUCUCCCCCCCUCCAUGGCUCAUCAUAUCUUCAAUUAUUUGGCCGGAUUUCUGAAACAUAAUGCAAAGAAUGCUAUAACGAAGGAAGCUUUGCUUGAAUAUGCGUACAUCAUCCCUAUAAUCGCUAAGCUGGUUCCGCAAGUCAGUGAUUUGUCGUUGCGAGACUUUCGAAGAGCUAAAAUCGAUACCUACUUUGUCCCUUCCGGUGCCUUGUGGUUUCCUCCUAACUCAAACCCAUUCAUGUUCCCUGAUUCUUCGGGAGGGUCCGAGAACAGUUUAAAUGAGGUUUCUCCUCGCCUCAUUGCCGUGACUAUGAUUCGCAUCUCUCAAAACAUUCUCUUUCUUGACUUGCUCAAGAAAAAUCCUCAGGAUGUCCAACUUGUCAGAAAGAGCAUGUCCAGACUGGUCCUCCCUUCCAUGGAUGAUCCAUACGAUGCGCGAGCGCUUGAACUGAAAGAUUUCAUUCCAAGGAAAGGGACCGGGAGCAACGGGACGCAGUCACGCGGCUCUAAGUUAAGGGCCAUGUCAGUGCUUCUUUCACGAAGUUAUUUGCCACUCGUUGCACAAGUGUUCCGUUCUAUGUCCCGGCAUCUGAAUGACAGGAGCGAAUUGGCGGUUCUGGUGGAAGGGUUGAAUCGGAUUCUGCUAGUUCAUGGCAGUGACAUCGGUAUUGUCAGCCAAGCAUUAAUUGCGUUCAUGGUGGCCAGUACUCGGUUUCAUCGUCUUUUCAUAUCGCGGGGUGGAUAUACUCUUUUCAUGCCCGUGAUUAUUAAAGUCUACACCGAAGCCGACAAUUUAGGGAUCAGAAUGGCAAUCGAAUAUGCCGUUAAUAGGUUCUUCGCACACCACAGAGAGGCCUUUGUGUACCAAAGUAUGGACGCAAUGGCUCACAUUAUGGCCACCACGGACAUCGAAGCGGAAUGGGUCGCUGAGAGUGUAUAUGCCCUCUUCUCGUCCUUGAGAAAAAUGAUCUCUCCGGCUACUCAAGAUGCUGCUGGGAUCCACAAUUCUAACAAACUUCAGGAGCGAGAAGCUCUUCUUGUUCUUACUGCCGAAGAGAAGCCCCAGACAUUUCUGGCAUCAUUGCGACCAAGCGGAGGUCAGGGAAAAACCAUCCCUAUCGAUAUACCCGAAGAAUACGAGGCCAAAAGGUUGACGGUGGACAAUUUCGUUCGGCUUUUCCUUACGGUCAUAGCGCAUGAUUUAACCAUUAUACGUUCUGAGCAAUUCUUGCGAUUCUUGCGAUUCCUUACUCCGCAUCUGUAUCAUGCCUCCUCUUCAGCGAGAAACGUCUUACAGCAAGGGGUUGAAGCGCUGGGCAUGGUGCUUCUCAGGGCAUCAUCUAAAAAUAAAGCUGAAAGUUCGAGCCGUCUGGUGGAAGGGGAUCCUCAAGAGGUAGCGAUCGAUGAGAUUCUAGAUCAGCAGCUCCACGAAAAAUCCAAAACUCCUAGUGAUUUCGUGUCGAUGCGUCUUCAGUAUCUCUACCUUAUCGUCGCGUUCACGCGAGCUGGUGGCCAUCUCUCUAUGCAAGCAUCUCACAGAAAUUUGGAACUUGUCAAACUGCUCCUUCGUGAGUCCACAAGUGAACUUGACAAUGCCAUUUCGUCGUUCCUCGCAGAUUAUAUGAAAUCAGCUUUUGAGCAAGAUCCCCCUCGAGAUCUCAAGGGACUUGUUGCGUUCCUGAAAGAUUUGGCCCCCGUCGUCAGCUCGUAUUCGCUCACCAUAAACUUCUCCGGAUUAUUUGAAGCCACCCAUCGUCUUUGCACUAACCCGCAAUAUGCCAAGGACCCAGGUUUCUCUCAAUUGGUUGUUACCCAGAUAUGCUCGGCAGGUCUCAAGGCAUGCGCAUUAGCCGCGACGGAGAAACUGCUGCUCACGCUUCCUUGUCGCAUAUCAUUGGUCAAUUUGGCAAGCCAAAGUGUGUUCUUAUGGGGUGCGGAUAUCAUGGCUGAGGUAGAAAAGCACAAGCCUACCUAUGACUUCUUGGCAGGAGUUCUUCUACCCUUUGCACUCUCCAUGAAGACGGCGACAGAUAUCGAUAUGGACCGAGGACGCCUAGAACCUUGGCAUCGAGAAGCCCACGCUCGUGCUUGGGUACGGCUCCUUUCAUAUACCAUGUUGGCUUGUCAGAAAACAAGACGUCUUGCAGACACAGUACUGUCCCGGGAGCGCUCCAAAUCCCAAGAACGCACACCUACAUUGGGAAGAAAGAAGGAGCAACUGUGGUCCUUCGUUACUGCGUUGCAAGUCCUGAAGAUCAUUAUAAUUCGUGCUCCCAGAGAUCUCACAUCGUCUCUCCCUGACGUGUGGGUGCGCAUUGCGACAUUCUUACGGUCAAUGUUGUCAGAAGGCAGUGCGGAAUUUGCUUCAAUGUCUCGAGAUUACUCUCCGUCCCCGUCCCCUACACCGUCCCCGAGAUCUAGUGGCUUGUUCAAUGCCACCUUCUCACAUUCAUCAAGCUUUCCUCCAUCGUUACAUCGAAAUUCUCUGCUUCAACAGAUUUUCCAUAGUCCCCGCAUGGUUGACUAUUGCUUGUGGUCUGUCUUCGAAUUGCUUUGCAUCCAUCGAACACCCCUGGUCCUGCAAAUGCGACUUUUCAUGCAAGAGAAAGUUUUAGGGUUGGAUCAGGACUUAAAGUCUCAAAGUACCUUCUCCUUAUCGAAAGUUGCUCGGCCAGUUUCUUCAGUUUUUGCAAAGCCUCGGCGGCGCUCAGGUCUUCAAUCUCCGGGUAUUUCGCCACGGAUCCAUCCUUCUAAUUCCCUAAGUAUUCAAGACGGUGGCCUUUUCUCUCUUUACUCCAAUCGGCAAUCCACGCCAAGUCCCAUGUCUACACCGACAUUCCUAGAUACGCAUCGUAUCGUCCAUCUUGGACUUACCCACCAGGGUCAUUCUCUGCCUGUCAGCUCACGAGAAUCGGGCCAGUCCCAAGCGAAAACGACCCAAGUCAGAUCACUGUCCCUCAUCAAGGCGACAUAUCGUAGAAUUCGAAUCGUGCAAAGUUAUAUGGGUUAUCAGUCAAUGUUAUUUCCUCUUCCUGGAGAAGGGGAGAGUGGUCAGGAUGUAUCUCCGUCGACAUGGACGAAGAUACAAGCACUUCAAGAAGUCGUGCGUGAGACCCAAGAGCUCAUCGAGGAGUUUGAAGAAUCUCAGGCGGUAGAAAGUGAGACAACUAUCACUGAUGUAGAUCAAUCCUUGGGACGUUAAUGUACGACAUAACUCGUUUUAAGAGCUAGGACUUUCGGAUCCUGUGCAAACGUGCGGUAUUUACCGGUCCUAUGAUUUAAUCAUUUAACGUAUGAUAAAGACUAACUUUGUAUAUGUUCAACACCGAGCAAAAGGCAGGCAAGACCGCUUGCUAUUGAAUAUAUCGGAUUCCCACCGGCCCGUCUUAACCAAC